AAGGCUGCAGUGUGAAGGGUGUUGUCUUACCUCUCGCAGACUUUCCCACUCCCAGCCUGAUUUCCCCACUGGACCCUUCUCCUUCUGAACCAGCAUCCUGCCUGGUUUGAGCAGUCAUGGCCUCACGGGUGAAUGAUCAAAGCCAGGCUUCAAGGAAUGGGCUGAAGGGAAAGGUGCUAACUCUGGACACUAUGAACCCAUGUGUGCGGAGGGUGGAGUAUGCAGUUCGAGGACCCAUUGUGCAGCGUGCCUUGGAGCUGGAGCAGGAGCUGCGUCAGGGUGUGAAGAAGCCGUUUACUGAGGUCAUCCGUGCCAACAUUGGGGAUGCACAAGCCAUGGGGCAGAGACCCAUCACCUUCUUCCGCCAGGUCCUGGCCCUCUGUGUCUACCCCAAUCUUCUGAGCAGUCCUGACUUCCCAGAGGAUGCCAAGAGAAGGGCAGAACGCAUCUUGCAGGCCUGCGGGGGCCACAGCCUGGGUGCCUAUAGCAUUAGCUCUGGAAUCCAGCCGAUCCGGGAGGAUGUGGCGCAAUACAUUGAGAGAAGAGACGGAGGCAUCCCCGCAGACCCGAACAACAUAUUUCUAUCCACAGGGGCCAGCGAUGCCAUCGUGACAAUGCUCAAGCUGCUGGUAUCUGGCGAGGGCCGUGCACGAACGGGUGUACUCAUUCCCAUUCCUCAGUACCCACUGUACUCAGCUGCGCUGGCUGAACUGGACGCCGUGCAAGUGGACUACUACCUGGACGAAGAGCGCGCCUGGGCUCUGGACAUCGCAGAGCUGCGGCGCGCUCUGUGCCAGGCACGUGACCGUUGCUGCCCUCGAGUACUGUGCGUCAUCAACCCCGGCAACCCCACUGGGCAGGUGCAGACCCGUGAGUGCAUCGAGGCCGUAAUCCGCUUUGCUUUCAAAGAGGGACUCUUCUUGAUGGCUGAUGAGGUAUACCAGGACAACGUGUAUGCCGAGGGCUCUCAGUUCCAUUCAUUCAAGAAGGUGCUCAUGGAGAUGGGGCCACCGUAUUCCACGCAGCAGGAGCUUGCUUCUUUCCACUCAGUCUCUAAGGGCUACAUGGGCGAGUGCGGGUUUCGUGGUGGCUAUGUGGAGGUGGUAAACAUGGAUGCUGAGGUGCAGAAACAGAUGGGGAAGCUGAUGAGUGUGCGGCUGUGUCCACCAGUGCCAGGCCAGGCCUUGAUGGACAUGGUGGUCAGUCCGCCAACACCCUCCGAGCCGUCCUUCAAGCAGUUUCAAGCAGAGAGACAGGAGGUGCUGGCUGAACUGGCAGCCAAGGCUAAGCUCACGGAGCAGGUCUUCAAUGAGGCUCCCGGGAUCCGCUGCAACCCAGUGCAGGGCGCCAUGUAUUCCUUCCCUCGAGUGCAGCUGCCCUUGAAAGCGGUGCAGCGUGCUCAGGAACUGGGCCUGGCCCCUGACAUGUUCUUCUGCCUGUGCCUCCUGGAAGAGACUGGCAUCUGCGUUGUGCCCGGGAGUGGCUUUGGGCAGCAGGAGGGCACCUAUCAUUUCCGGAUGACCAUUCUGCCCCCCAUGGAGAAACUGCGGCUGCUACUGGAAAAACUCAGGCACUUCCAUGCCAAGUUCACCCAUGAGUACUCCUGAAGCCACUGCUAGGGCCACACUGGACAGUCUCUGACGCAACAAACCGAGGGUCCUUGGGAGCCCUCAGUAUUUCUGAUUUCGUCUAGGGUCUCGGUAACUGUCCCUGCGAGUCCCUAAUAAAUCUGAUGUCAGCCCGAUUUGAAGUGGCUGCCUGGGUGACCCCA